AUGAAAAUUAUGAAGUUUGAAAAUUGAAACUGUUUUAGUUUAAAGUAGUGAUUUUACGUAAAACAAUGAAAAUAAUUUGUACAGUGGAAGUAUCAGAUCGAAACCUACCCUCUUUGAAUUUGCCUAGUAAAAAGUCGGUGAGGAGUAGUUUAGCAAUAGGAAAAUCUGGGGAUAAAGAAUUAUAUAUUUUGCAUCAAACGAACCAGAAUGGGUCUGGUAAGAAGUACAAGGUAAAAAAUAACAUUGCCAACUUAUUUGUUAAGUUUAUCAAUGAAGGAAAGGCAACAAUACGUUUCAAGGAACCACAACACGAUCUUGCUAUAAAAUGUGAUUCUAUACAGCUAAAAGGAUUUUUAAGAACUCUAAAAACUGGGUUUGGACGGGAAUUACGUAAGUCAGUUAUCAACAAUUCCAAGUACCCAGACUAUACAAAACAAAAGUUUGAAACCUAUUAAAAACAAAACUUAAAAUAACAUCCAAAGAAGAGUAUCCAG